CGAUAACUGUGGCUGUUUACGAACAAGUAAAACAUGCAAAUAGCAAGGAAGGGACAGAGACCAAAACAAUUACGAAGAUAGCCCCCAAAGAGAAACGUGGAAAAUUUAUGAAAAACUGUGAAAAUUGUGUGGUGGCGCAUUGAAAAUGGUGCUGCGAUCGGGAAUUAUAAUUCCAUUUCAAUUUCGCGAUACUAAGAAGCUGCUCAUGAUUGGCGUGCCCGAGGAGAAUCGAAAUUUAAACAUAUGGGACUUAAAGAAUGUUGUGCGAGCUGCAUUUGGCAUCUACAAUUUCGAGUUUCGCAACAAAAAGAUUGGCUUCAACAUACCCGAUGAACUACUAUUGCAUUAUUUGGCCCAACGUCACGACCUCACCAAUUUCGUUAUAGAAAUCAGCCAAGCCCUAGACGAUGGUCAUGCCAAGGAGCUGCUCUCCUACGAGCCCUCCUGCUCGAUGGCGGCCCUCAAGCAGCAGCAGCAGCAACAACACCAACAGCAACAACAGCAGCAGCAACAUCAUCAUCCACAUUCACAUCCCCAUCAACAUCAUCAGGUGCCACUGCCACAACGCUCCAACGAAAGUCAUACACAUGAGUAUGUAGCAAGCGGAGCAGCUGCAGCUGCAUCCGCAACAUUACCGGGCUCGCAGCCCAAUUCGCCAGCCUUGGGCGUAUGCAACGAACCCGUCGAUUCACCGCUGGAGCAUGCCAAUAAUUCCAAUUCGGACCAUGCAGACACAGCACAAAAACAGCAACUGCGCAUUGUUUCCAGCUAUUCGGAACGCACACCCGAAUCGUUAACACAAUCCAUUGAUCCCAUGGACAUAAUACCCAAAGCUGAGUCUGAAUCCGAAGUGGAACGUGCAGCGCGUGCUGCACGCUUUCAGGCUAGAGAACAUCAACAGCAGCAACAGCACCAGCAGCAGCAGCGACAACAACAGGAGCAGCAGCACGCGCAAGCCUUGCAACAGGAGGCACAGGCGCUGCAGCAUGUGCUGCCCAGCCAACAGUUCUUCACCAAUUAUGCGCACAGUCUGCCCUCGAUGACGGCACCAAAUACUUCCCAACAGCCUCCUUAUACGCCUGGUCUGAUGAGUCGCUUUAGAAAACGUGGUGAACGCAUGUCGAAGGAUCAAAAGGAGCUGUAUGUGAAAUUCUUUGAGGAUAAUCCCUGCAUGUUGUCGAACCAUCGUCGUCACGAUGGACUCACCGAGCCACUCUGGGCCAAAUUGGCGCACAUGUUAAACAGCGUGCCGCAGGGCGCCGUCAAGAAUGUAGAGGACUGGAAGCAGACGUUCGAUGCCUGGCGUUAUCGCAUUUUUAUGUACACACGCUACAACUCCAAGCUGAGCAUGUCGGAGACGAGUGACCCGAAGAACUUUAAACCGCUGACAGCCACCGAUCAGAAGGCGUAUGCCAUGUGGACCAGUCACAAGCACAUUGCACCGCCGGACUAUGAGAAAAUGGAUAUGUUUGUGCCGCUGGACGAGAGCACAACGGCGACCAACAGCUACGACUAUUGAGCCAAAAAGCCCCGGGACACCAGUGCAAAAAAACAAAACUGUUAAACGAUGACGACGCCGAUAAUGUUGAUCAUGCCGAUGAU